CAUGAGAAACGCAGAAGCCGUAAAGUGUAGACAGUGUCGCAAAGGGAACAGUUUUUCCUUCAGCUGUCCACGGACGUUUAAUGGCGGUGGUUGAGCUUCAACAAAGAUCAAAUCUGUGAAGAUUUGUUUUUGUUAUUUUGUGGCUUUAAUGUUAAUGAAGUAAAUUCAUCACUAUAAUCCUUGAAACAACUCUCUGCUGUCAUGGAAACAGAGGAGCAGGCCCGGAGCCGGUUCCAGUCCGAGCUGGAGUUCGUCCAGUGUUUGGCCAACCCGAACUACCUGAACUUUUUGGCUCAGAGGGGCUACCUGAGGGAGAGACCCUUCAUCAACUACCUGAAGUACCUGCUGUACUGGAAGGAGCCCGAAUACGCCAAGUUCCUCAAGUAUCCUCACUGCCUGCACAUGCUGGAGCUGCUGCAGUACGAACACUUCAGGAAGGAGCUGGUCAACGCUCAGUGUGCCAAGUUCAUCGACGAGCAGCAGCUGCUGCACUGGCAGCAUUACUCCAGGAAACGCACGCGGCUGCAGCAGGCGCUCGCCGAGCAGCAGCAGCCGCCACAGCAGCCGCCGCCGCACGGGAACGCCACCGCCAAGUGARGGACACGUCAGACCCUCGGUCUGAGGCAGUGGGGGGCUCUGAGAGGGAUCAUAACAAUCUGAGGACGCAAUGGAAGCUGCAGCUGUUUCUGAACUGACUUUAAACUUUAUUUUGAAACUCCUGAAACAGGAAACUGAACUUUUCACUUCGUAAAGUUUUAUCCAUGUUUAGUUUAACUUUAUAACCUGAACAUUCAUUUAAACAAAAGUACAAUAAGRAUUUUAUUUUUGCCUCAUUCUUUUGUUUGAUGCUUUUUAUAAUAAACUAUUUGAAAUGAA